AAAGUCUUAAUCGUGUUGAUUAGUUGCUGUUUUUCGAACAGUGACUACUCCUGCAACUUGCUAUAUAUGUAGUUUAAAGACUGGCACGGUCUUAUGAGUCAAAAACUUAAAUUAUAAGUGAUGAGGAAGAAAUUAUUGAAGACAAAGGAACUGUUCCUCGAGCACAAGAGAAAGAAAAAAUGGGUAGAUAACAAGGAUGGAAGCUGUGGUUUCAUGUUAUACGCACGAUCCCUAUUUAUAACUUGGGGUCAAUCUUGGUAUUGGUCUUGGAAUAGCUUCAAAGAUACCGAUGAUGAAAAUAUUGAAGUUGCGAAGCUGAUCAGUGUGUGCUGGCUAGAUGUGCGAGGUAAACUGGCUAUGAAGGAGCUCUCACCAGGAGUAACUUAUGAGGUUGUGUACGUAGUUAAGCUGACAAAAUCAGCAUCUGGGUGGGAGCUUCCACUUAUGCUGAGAUUACAUGCACCAGGUGAUGAAAUUAAGGUAAGGCAAGAAAGCUUGCUGAUGAAACCAAAAGGAGAAUGGUUUGAGCUGAAUUUGGGCAGUUUUCAAGCAAAAGCCGAUAUAAGUGAUGAGGUGUGUUUCGAUAUCUUUGAACGUGGCGGUCACUGGAAGACCGGGCUCAUCAUCAAAGCCGCCAUCAUUCGACCCAAACACUAGCUUGUUUGCUUAUUUGUGUGUUGUUCAGUUGUUUAGACAGUGAUCAAAUUGGAAUUUUGUGAGUUAAGAUUUGCAAAAUAUGUAAUGGGUGUAUUGAUUUAUUUCUGUGUAUAAAAUCUUUAAAUUAUUUCAGAACAUUCCUACUUCAUAAUUUAGAAUAUGACAAUGUGAUGGCUUAGUUUA